AUGAAUUACAACGUUCUGCCACUUUUACAACGUCAAAAAUUAUAUCAUUUUAUACCUUUCAACUCACAAGGGACUCAAGAGGCUUCUGAAUUAAGGGAUUCUAUUUUCUUGGCCCCUAUGAAAUUUAAGGAUUCUAUAAGUUGUUGA